AUUUUAUUAGUUCUUUUUAAUUCUAACUGUUCGGCUAACAAGUAGAUUUUCUGGUUUUAAUUUAUGUUUUCUUAUUAACCAGCAAGGUUUAGCUCCUAUUUGUAGGUUUAUUACCCAUUUGACUGUCCUCUUGUGUGAUUUGCCUGUUCAAAUCACUGAUCAUGUUUUUAUUUAUUUAUUUAUUUUGGUAGCAGGGAUUGAAUCCAAUGGCCCUUUAUCACUGACCUACAUCCCCAAUCCUUUUUAGUUUUUAAGACAGGGUCUCACUAAAGUUACAUAGGGCCUUCCUAAGUUGCUGAGGCUAGCUUUGAACCUGCGAUCCUCCUGGCUUAGCCUCCUGAACCACUGGGAUUACAGGUAGAACCACUGUGCACUGAGGCCCACCUUUCUAGACCUGAAAGCAAGGAGAAGGAGGAAGAGGGUCAGUCCAUGAGUAUCACACUCUGAGUUCCAGCCCCUCCCCUACGACGUGAGCAGCCCCUGCAGAUGGCACCUUUGGAGAUCUUGACAAAGCCUCUUCUGUUUGGGAUGGGGUUUUUGGCACAUUCUCCCAGACUCAGAUGAGAUCCUGAUGGCCACGGAGCAGGAGGGCAGGUGCUGACACCUUCCCCAGCCCCAGCCCCAGCCCCAACCCCAACCGCCGACAUCAUUUCCAACAUCAGUAUCUAAAUGCCACAGUGCUCUUGGGGCAAGUUGGGCUGGGGACCACUGUUGCCUUUUAAGACCAUAAAACCAUGGGAAACGCAGAAAGUCAAAAUGUAGACCAUGACUUUUACGGAGAAAAGCAUGCCAGCUUGGGGCGCAAGCACACGUCGCGCUCGCUGCGCCUGUCGCACAAGACGCGGCGGACCAGGCACGCCUCCUCGGGAAAGGUGAUCCACAGGAACUCCGAAGUGAGCACCCGAUCCAGCAGCACCCCGAGCAUCCCCCAGUCCCUGGCCGAAAAUGGCUUGGAACCCUUCUCCCAGGAAGGCACCCUAGAGGACUUCGGGAGCCCCAUUUGGGUGGACCGAGUAGAUAUGGGCUUGAGACCCGUGUCUUACACCGACUCUUCUGUCACACCCAGCGUAGACAGCAGCAUCGUCCUCACCGCAGCCUCCGUGCAAAGCAUGCCAGACUCGGAGGAGAGCAGGCUUUACGGGGAUGACGCUACGUACUUGGCUGAGGGAGACAGGAGGCAGCAUCCCUAUACAUCCAACGGGCCCACUUUCAUGGAGACUGUGAGCUUUAAGAAGAAACGCUCCAAAUCUGCAGACAUCUGGCGGGAGGACAGCCUGGAAUUCUCACUCUCUGAUCUGAGCCAAGAACAUUUAACAAGCAACGAAGAAAUCUUGGGUUCCGCGGAAGAGAAGGACUGCGAGGAGGCUCGGGGGAUGGAAACCCAGGCGAGUCCCCGGCAGCUCAGCACCUGUCAGCGUGCCAAUUCCCUGGAUGACUUGUAUGCUCAGAAAAACUCUGGGGUGACGGCAAAUGGGGGACCUAGGAGCAAAUUUGCAGGCUAUUGUCGGAAUUUGGUGUCUGAUAUUCCUGAUCUCGUAAACCAUAAGAUGCCACCAGCUGCUGCCGAAGAGACUGCUCCGUACAGUAAUUAUAACACACUUCCCUGUAGGAAAUCUCACUGUCUUUCGGAAGGUGCCACCAACCCACAAAUUAACCAUAGCAACAGCAUGCAAGGCAGAAGAGCCAAAACAACUCAGGAUGUUAAUGCAGGCGAGGGCAGCGAGUUUGCAGACAGCGGGAUCGAAGGGGCCACCACCGACACCGACCUCCUGUCCAGGCGAUCCAAUGCCACCAACUCCAGUGACUCGCCCCCCACCGGCAGGGCCUUCGUGGGCAGCGACAGCGGCAGCAGCUCCACGGGGGAUGCAGCUCGCCAGGGGGUGUACGAGAACUUCAGGCGGGAGCUGGAGAUGAGUACCACCAAGAGCGAGAGCCUGGAGGAAGCCGGCUCUGCGCACAGCGACGAGCAGAGCAGCGGCACGUUGAGCUCCCCGGGCCAGUCCGACAUCCUGCUGACGGCCGCGCAGGGCACGGUGCGCAAGGCCGGCGCGCUGGCGGUCAAGAACUUUCUGGUGCACAAGAAGAACAAGAAAGUGGAGUCGGCCACCCGCAGGAAGUGGAAGCACUACUGGGUAUCCCUGAAAGGAUGCACGCUUUUUUUCUAUGAGAGUGACGGCAGGUCUGGAAUUGAUCACAACAGCAUCCCCAAGCACGCCGUCUGGGUGGAGAACAGCAUUGUGCAGUCUGUGCCCGAGCACCCCAAGAAGGACUUCGUCUUCUGCCUCAGCAAUUCCCUGGGCGAUGCCUUCCUGUUUCAGACCACCAGCCAGACGGAGCUUGAGAACUGGAUCACCGCCAUCCACUCUGCCUGCGCAGCCGCGGUCGCCAGACACCAUCACAAAGAGGACACGCUCCGGCUCCUGAAGUCGGAGAUCAAAAAACUGGAACAGAAGAUUGACAUGGAUGAAAAGAUGAAGAAAAUGGGCGAGAUGCAGCUGUCUUCCGUCACAGACUCAAAGAAGAAGAAAACUAUAUUAGAUCAGAUCUUUGUUUGGGAGCAAAAUCUUGAACAGUUCCAAAUGGACCUAUUUCGUUUCCGCUGUUAUUUAGCUAGCCUCCAAGGUGGGGAGCUGCCAAACCCCAAAAGGCUACUCGCUUUUGCAAGUCGACCAACGAAAGUGGCAAUGGGACGCCUCGGAAUCUUUUCUGUAUCAUCUUUUCAUGCCCUGGUGGCAGCCCGUACAGGUGAAACUGGAGUGAGAAGACGUACUCAGGCCAUGUCCAGAUCUGCUAGCAAGAGAAGGAGCAGGUUUUCUUCUCUUUGGGGUCUGGACACUACCUCCAAAAAGAAGCAGGGACGCCCCAGCAUCAAUCAGGUGUUUGGAGAGGGAACUGACGCUGUAAAGAAAUCUUUAGAGGGAAUAUUUGAUGACAUUGUUCCAGAUGGCAAGAGGGAGAAAGAAGUGGUCUUACCCAGUGUCCACCAGCACAAUCCUGACUGCGACAUUUGGGUCCACGAAUAUUUCAGUCCUUCCUGGUUCUGUCUGCCCAAUAAUCAGCCAGCUCUGACCGUCGUCCGGCCAGGUGACACUGCACGGGACACCCUGGAGCUCAUCUGCAAGACACAUCAACUGGAUCAUUCUGCUCAUUACCUUCGUCUGAAAUUUCUAAUAGAAAACAAAAUGCAGUUCUACAUCCCGCAGCCCGAGGAGGACAUUUAUGAGCUGCUGUAUAAAGAAAUUGAAAUUUGUCCAAAAGUCACUCAGAAUAUUCAGAUUGAGAAGUCUGAUGCAGCCGCUGAUAAUUACGGGUUUUCACUUUCUUCCGUGGAAGAAGAUGGUGUUCGAAGGCUUUACGUGAACAGUGUAAAGGAAACUGGUUUAGCUUCUAAGAAAGGCCUGAAGGCGGGAGAUGAAAUUCUCGAGAUCAAUAAUCGUGUCGCUGGUACCCUCAACUCCUCUAUGCUCAAAGAUUUCCUCUCGCAGCCCUCCCUGGGCCUUCUGGUGAGGACCUACCCUGAGCUGGAGGGAGGAGUGGAGCUGCUGGAAAGUCCGCCCCACCGAGUGGACGGCCCUGUGGACCUUGGCGAGAGCCCCCUGGCCUUCCUCACCAGCAACCCAGGGCACAGCCUCUGCAGCGAGCAGGGCAGUAGUGCCGAGACCGCUCCGGAAGAGACUGAAGGGCCAGACCUGGAAUCCUCUGAUGAGACUGAUCACAGCAGCAAGAGCACAGAACAGGUGGCCGCGUUUUGCCGCAGUUUGCAUGAGAUGAACCCUUCAGACCCCAGCCCGUCUCCUCAGGACACCACGGGGCCUCAGCUGGCCACCAUGAGGCAGCUGUCAGAUGCGGAUAAACUGCGCAAGGUGAUCUGCGAGCUCUUGGAGACGGAGCGCACCUACGUGAAAGACUUAAACUGUCUUAUGGAAAGAUACCUGAAACCUCUUCAAAAGGAGACUUUUCUCACCCAAGAUGAGCUUGACGUGCUCUUUGGAAAUUUAACCGAAAUGGUAGAGUUUCAAGUAGAAUUCCUUAAAACCCUAGAAGAUGGAGUGAGACUGGUACCUGAUUUGGAAAAGCUUGAGAAAGUCGACCAGUUUAAGAAAGUGCUGUUCUCUCUGGGGGGAUCCUUUCUGUACUACGCAGACCGCUUCAAACUCUACAGUGCCUUCUGUGCCAGCCACACAAAAGUCCCCAAGGUCCUGGUGAAAGCCAAGACGGACACGGCGUUCAAGGCGUUCCUGGACAUCCAGAACCCACGGCAGCAGCACUCGUCCACGCUCGAGUCAUACCUCAUCAAGCCCAUCCAGAGGAUCCUCAAGUACCCACUUCUGCUCAAGGAGCUGUUUGCUCUGACGGACGCCGACAGCGAGGAGCACUACCACCUGGACGUGGCCAUCAAGACAAUGAACAAGGUCGCCAGUCAUAUCAACGAAAUGCAGAAGAUCCACGAGGAAUUCGGGGCCGUGUUUGACCAGCUGAUUGCCGAGCAGACUGGUGAGAAGAAAGAGGUUGCAGAUCUGAGCAUGGGGGACCUUCUCUUGCACACCACUGUCAUCUGGCUAAACCCACCGGCGUCUCUUGGGAAGUGGAAAAAGGAGCCAGAAUUGGCAGCUUUUGUCUUCAAAACUGCUGUGGUCCUCGUGUAUAAAGAUGGUUCCAAACAGAAGAAGAAACUUGUGGGAUCUCACAGGCUGUCAAUUUACGAAGAGUGGGACCCCUUCCGGUUUCGCCACAUGAUCCCCACUGAAGCUCUGCAGGUCCGCGCUCUGGCAAGUGCAGAUGCAGAAGCAAAUGCCGUGUGUGAAAUUGUCCAUGUGAAAUCGGAAUCUGAAGGGAGGCCAGAGAGGGUCUUCCACCUGUGCUGCAGCUCCCCAGAGAGCCGAAAGGAUUUCCUGAAGGCUGUGCAUUCGAUCCUGCGAGAUAAGCACAGAAGACAGCUCCUCAAAACUGAAAGCCUUCCCUCAUCCCAGCAGUAUGUCCCUUUUGGAGGAAAAAGAUUAUGUGCGCUGAAAGGUGCCAGGCCAGCCAUGAGCAGGGCAGUGUCCGCCCCAAGCAAGUCUCUUGGGAGGAGGAGGCGGCGACUGGCCCGCAACAGGUUUACCAUUGAUUCUGAUGCCGUCUCCGCCAGCAGCCCGGAGAAAGAGUCCCAGCAGCCCCCCGGUGGCGGGGACACUGACCGAUGGGUAGAGGAACAGUUUGAUCUUGCUCAAUAUGAGGAGCAAGAUGACAUCAAGGAGACAGACAUCCUCAGUGACGAUGACGAGUUCUGCGAGUCCGUGAAGGGCACCGCAGUGGACAGAGACCUGCAGGAGCAGCUUCAGGCUGCCUCCAUCAGUCAGCGAGAAAGAGGCCGGAGAACUCUGGAUAGUCACGCGUCCCGCAUGACCCAGCUCAGGAAGCAGACCGCCCUGUCGGGCAUCAACGGAGGUCUGGAGAGCACCAGUGAGGAAGUCAUUUGGGUCAGGCGUGAAGACUUUGCCCCCUCCAGGAAACUCAACACUGAGAUCUGACUGUGUCGUGUCCCCCAGAGGAUUUGUGUACAUACUUCUCCCACCGCCCCACUCUGCCCGCCCUCCUGUCCCAUCCUCGAGAAUGUCCCCUUAGGUCGCACUCUUGCACACACGGUUCCGGCAGCUGACUCGGUUCUGAAGCCAUGUAGCCACCCGCCUUCGUCAUUCUUAACAACAUCAGAAAGAAUUGUUCAAGCUGGAGUCCUGUCCUCUGUAUAUCAUCAAGGGCUUUUAUUUAUUCCCAAUUAAUCAGGGCCUGCAGAAUCAGAAGAAAUAAUCUAUAGCACUGGAAAGCAGAUCCCCCCGCCCCCAGCAGCUAGGACAGAUUGAUUUAAGGGAUAGCACACACAAAGAGAUGACACACCCCGUCCUGUCUGAAGCCAGUGUCCUAGCUGGGGAAACCACUUUCGAACACACAACGGAACAAGACGAAGUAUCUGUACAGCUUGCAGGAUUCGCCCUCCCUCUCUCUUCUGUGUCUGAGGGUAUCAGUGUACUUUAAGAAUGUGUGAGGAGAGGGUGGUCUCAUUUAUGUCUUGAUGAGCCUUUUAUUUUUUUCUCCUGUUUUGAACUAUGGCUGGUCUGACUCUACGUCGGUGUUUGGAAGCUCUAGUUUUGCAUAGAAUUAUAAAGAUGCCAAACUCUUGUAAAAGAGAUCCAAAUUUAUCACUUGAGAGAAAAAAGAAGAAAAACUAUUUUUUUGUAUUUAACCUGUGAUGCAGGGGCACAAAGAGAUGAGAAUUUUACAGUGUUAGAUGUAACUCUGAGUCUAGAAAUGAGCAUAUAACCUUUUGCAGAGAGUGAGGCAUGGUGACUUUAUAUUUAUACACGAAAAGCCAAGAAGAAGCUCAUGGUAAGGAUAAAUGUUGCUUUUUUAAGAAGCUUUUUUUUUUUUUUUUUUAAUGUUUGAGUCUAUAUUUGAGAUGGGAGUUUGGCUGGGUGACACAAGACAGGGAAUGGGCUGUGUGUGCGUCUGUAGCACAUGGCAGGGGAGGGAGCCUCCUUCGCGUGGGGUUGCCAUGGUGAUCAUUGAUUGGUUUUUCCCAUCAAAACUGCAUCUUCAUCGUAGAUGACCCACCCCUUCCCUGACAGCCCAUAACCAAACCUCUGAACCAAACAACCUCUUCAAAAACAUCUCUUGCAUUUAACACGUUCUUCAUGCCAACAAAACAGGGUAAACAUGCUGAUAAAGCUAACAUUCUAAACAGAUAUCCAAAUAGAAGAACAAAAACAAGUUUUAGCACUUUCAAAUUUUUUUUAAAAAAAAGGUUUAUAGCUUUUUUUUUUUUUUCCUUCUUCCCAUUUCACAAUGUCCACUUCCUAAGAAGGGUUUAAAUAAUAUGAAAACUUUCUUUUUGGGGAAAAAAAAUAUCUAUUUGGUGUUUGACACAUCAGUAGGUACUUUAAAGACCUGAAUUUUAUAGUAGUUUUAGGAAUUAUAUUUUAUAAGAAUCAGUUAUGACUUUAUAUUUCCAGACAAUAGAGAGUUCAGAACAUCUUGCUCCGUGCCCCUGCUUGCUUUUCCCUCUCUCCCAUCCUACGUCCCUCCCCCUUUCGGGUUUCCAGGGCUCUGAGCUUGAUCUUUUGAAAAUUUUAUUCUAUUAAAUUUUUGCUAUAUCUUCUGGUUUUCUUAAAAAGCUUUAGAAUGGUUUCUAUGCCCUUUGUAUCACCGCAUUGUUCCAUAUCAUCUCGGGUUCGAUUGUGUCUGGAUGGAAAACUGAAGCAGAGGCGUCGAAUAGUUGAAUUUACUGGUCCCCCUGCAGCGCGUCCAUGGAAAAUACUGGAGAGUCUGGUGCUUAGAGAGGGUGCCAUUGUCUCUUGUACAUAAGGUCAUGACGUGUCGAUGUCAAAAGUUCUUAUAUAUUUCUUUUAUAAGCUGAAAGAAGGUCUAUUUUUAUGUUUUUAGGUCUAUGAAUGGAACGUUGUAAAUGCCUGUCAAACAAUAAAAAUAUUGAAAAGUA